AUGGAUACUGAGGAACACCAAAUAUGCACGGCGAUAGAAGCGACCACUCGCCAGUCAAUUAUGGCCUUGGUUUCUGGCCUGGGAGUCUUCUCUAGGCUGCCCUAUGAGAUCCGCGAACUCAUCUGGCUGGAUUUCUUCCCUGUAGACCACGGGGACAAAUUGACUCCAUCUCUGUCGGAAUACAUGGAUCUCAGAAUCCUCCUUGCCAGCAGCAGACUGUACCAAGAGAUCUCGGACGUCAUCUUCUCCAAGACACGCAUGGUUAUCGAUCUCUCCCCCCCUCCAGAUUCAGGGAAGCGAUUCUGGGGUGCUUUGCGCCUUCGGAGGCGCGUGCGAAAGGGUAUCUUCUGUGAUGGUCCGGUGUGGACGCUCAAUUGCUGGGCCAAAGGCAGAGAGCGCCGCUUCGACCAUUUUCCAUUCUGCAAGUUAGCCGCUAUCGAAAUCCAUAUAUCUAACCCAGAAGACGAAAAUGGAUUUUUCUGGAGGUGGAGGAAUGUUAUCAGGACGCUUGAACUGCUCGAUACUUCACUGCUCCCGCCUAUAGUCAUUCGACUGCAGAAGGGAAAGGAGUUGAGUCUGCAAGAUACAUAUGUCAAUUGUGCUGGCUACGAUCUACAUAACCGUCAAGUCUUGAAGCAACUGAAGUACAGAAAACGCAAGAUGUUAAGCUGGGUGGAUACUUGCUAUGGGUUAGUCCCUUACCCAGAUGGAGGAUAUAAUUCCCGUGGCUGGUACAUCUACGAUAUUCUAGUUUUGCCAUUCUAUAGUAGAUUGCGAGGUGCUCCCUCAAUUCGAGUGGAGGUGCAUUCUGAUGAAAUCAGGCGAAAGAUUCACUGGACAACUAUACGUCUUGCUCAUGAUGUAUUUAAUAGAAGGGUUAAUAGAACCGACCCGUUCACAUCUUACCUCGAUGAGGAGUGGAUCAACUGCCGGAUCAUUUCCCAGUACUAUUAUAUACAUGACUGCCUGCUUUGGGGGCAGCUGUUAGGGAACGGGAGAAUGAUGCCCUUCUUUCGGGUUGGAUGGCAUAACCGGAACCUCAAAAUUAUUGCCCACAGGCUUGCGUGGCUGGUCACCAAGUUCCUUGACUGA